AUGGCUGCCGGUGGAGCGGGAUGCGGGGACCCGGUGGAGCAGUGUCGGGCCGAGGUGGAGCAGCUGACGCGGCAGCUGGCGGAGGCCAACCGCGAGAAGAUCCGAGCGGCUGAGUGCGGGCUGGUGGUUCUGGAGGAAAACCAGACACUGAAACAGCAGUACGCGGACUUGGAGGCCGAACAGGAGACGCUGAGGCUGGAGCUGGAGCAGCUGCAGGAGGUGGGCUCAGCAGGGGCAUUUGGCCAGGCCUACUCGACCCAACGUAAGGUGGCUGAAGAUGGGGAGACCAACGAGGAGACUCUGCUGCAAGAGUCUGCCACCAAGGAGGCCUACUACAUGGGCCGCCUCCUGGAGCUCCAGUCGGCGCUGAAGUACAGUCGAGCUACUGUCUCCAACACUCAAGCAGACAGUGAACACAUGAGCAUACUGCUGCAGGAUCUAAGAGAGAGUAAUGAGAUGUUGGAGUUGCAGCGCAGCCAGAUGCAACAGGAGAUCAGGGAGUACAAGUUCCGAGAGUCACGGCUGCUUCAGGACUACACAGAGCUGGAGGAGGAGAACAUCUCACUGCAAAAACUAUUGUCUACAUUGAAACAGAAUCAGGUGGAGUUUGAGGGUCUAAAGCAUGAGAUCAAGGUCCUGGAGGAGGAGACAGAAUUCCUCAACAGCCAGUUACAGGACACCCUGCGUUUGAAGGACAUCUCAGACGCCCAGCUGGAGGAGGCACAAGAGUCUCUUAAGAGCGAGCGUGAGCAGAAGAACCACCUUCGCAGGGAGCUGAUCCACCACCUCAGCAUGUGUGAUGUAGCCUACACUGGGAGUGCCCACCUGACCUUCACCUCCGCUCCACCAAGUGGUACUGCCACACCAACCACUUUGCUUUCCCCAAACGCAGAAGAGCCAAUGAGGCUUAAUGGCUACCUGGUUGGGAUUGGAACAGGGACAGCUGCAGGGUCGGUGCCCAGGGCUAAUGAAGGGUGCCAAGGCUCAGGUUGGAAACACAAGGGGGCAGUGACAUCUGAUCUCUUCAAUGAGAUCAACCUAACAGAGAUUCAGAGGCUCAGGCAGCAGCUGAUAAUGGUUGAUCGUGAAAAGGUUUCACUCAUGACAAGUCUGCAGGAGUCCCAGACUCAGCUUCAACACACCCAGGAGGCCCUGAACAAGCAGCAUGAGAAGAUCCUCCGUCUGAGCCAGAGAGUGAAGGCCCUCCGCCACCUGCAUGCUAGAGCCCAGCUGAACCAGGAGGCAAACGCUAGUGGCACCUCUCAGCUCAACACUCUGGCCCUAAUGGACCUGGACACAUAUGAGGAGGAACCUGAAGAUGAAGGAGAAACUGAGGAGGAGGGGAGGAGUGAGACACUGAAAAAAAGUCAGGUUUCAUACCACACCCCUGGUCUGGAGAUCCUGCAGUGCAAGUACCGUGUUGCUGUGACGGAGGUGGUGGAGCUAAAGGAGGAGGUGAAAGCCCUGCGUGACAGGCUGGCUCAGUGUGCAGAGAGAGCAACCGAGGAGAAGCCGAGGCGACGCGGCCAUCUCCAGAAGCAGGUAACCUCAUUGGAGAAGAAAUGCCAGGAGGGACAGGAGAAGACUUCUACCCUCGAGUUAAAGUUGCAGGCAGCUCAGUCGGCAGCCAAUGAGAGCCAGAGCGUGUUGAACACGGCUAAGGACGAGUUGGUGACGCUAAGUGAGGAGCUCGCCCAGCUGUACCACCACGUCUGUCUGUGCAACAACGAGACACCCAACCGUGUCAUGCUGGACUACUACAGACAAGGCAGAGGGCUCCGGGGCCUCAGUGCCAGCCUCAAAGCCAUGUCCUCUGACAACAGCAAAGUUCUCCUCACACCACGCCUUGCCAGGCAGCUUGCCGCCGCUGUUUCAACGACUGUAACUCCUGUGGGAUCGCGGGGCGCCCCGCAUUUUCCCUCCAAGGAGCCCUCAUGUGGUAAGGGCAAAGAAGUGGAGAAGGUUGGGGAAAAGGAUGGUCUCCAGGUGCCAUCUGGACAGAGCCUGCCACCUCCAACCCGCUCACCCAGCAUCAGUGCCUCUUCGUCAUCAUCGUCAUCAUCAUCGCCUGCCCUGGAGCCAGCUGCCGAGCUGUGCAGGGAGCCCAUGAAUGUCUACAACCUCAAUGCGAUCAUCAGAGACCAGGUGAAGCACCUUCAGCAUGCAGUAGACAGGUCACUGCAGCUAUCACGGCAGAGAGCUGCAGACAGAGAACUGGCCCCUCUGCUUGACAAGGACAAAGAGAGCUGCAUGGAGGAGAUCCUGAAGCUCAAGUCUCUGCUCAGCACCAAGAGAGAGCAGAUUGCCACUCUCAGACUGGUACUCAGGGCUAACAAGCAGACAGCAGAGGGGGCCCUGGCCAACCUGAAGAGUAAGUAUGAGGCAGAGAAGUCCAUGGUGACUGACACCAUGAUGAAGCUCAGGAACGAGUUGAAAGCCCUGAAGGAAGAUGCCGCCACAUUCUCCUCUCUGCGGGCCAUGUUUGCCACCAGGUGUGAUGAGUAUGUUACCCAGCUGGAUGAAAUACAGAGGCAGUUAGUUGCGGCUGAAGAUGAGAAGAAGACUCUAAACUCCCUUCUUCGGAUGGCCAUCCAGCAGAAACUGGCCCUCACCCAGCGCCUGGAGGAUUUGGCUUUUGAUCAAGAGCAAACCCACCGCACCAGUGGGGGCAAGCUGAACCGUAUGAAAACCAGCACCCCCAAAGUAAGUCCCCCGGCCUUGGCUUCAGCCACCAACAUAGCCCAUGGCUUUACUUCAGUCUUGGCCCCUCUCAGCCUUCCGCUUUCAGGUCUUCCUAGUCCAAAGUCCAUUGUUCCUGAUGAUCCUACUGUGACCUUUAGCCCAUCUGUGGUGAGUGCGGAUCUAGCCUCAGCUCUUACCUCCCCCAUGUCACACAUACCCCCUCGCAGUUUGUCAUCUGCAACAGCCUCCUCUGCAACGGCCUCUUCAUUCGAUGGCCCUCCGGCAACAGAUGGCCCCCCGUAUCUGAAGGCGCUCUCUCCCUCAGUGCGGGCCUCGCCCUCAAUCCCUCUGAAGCUAGCUCAAUCCCAGUGGACCCUAGGGGUGCGGACAUUUGUGGUUGACUCCCACAGUUUCAGUGUCAACAUCUCCCCCGCUUUGCCCCAUAGUUCAGGGUCCUCCGGGCACUACAUUCCAGAUUCUCAUAUCUCUCACCCGUCCAUUACUACUGCAAAAAGACCCACACAACCAGGAUCUACGCCCUCCUCUGCCUUCAGGUCCCCGAAUUUGGGGCUCAGGCGCUCCACUUGGAGCCCUUCGCCCCGAACUCGGCCCCUGUCCAGCUUGACGCAUUCUUCUAUCCUCUACACUACUAUAACACCCUCUCCUUACUCUUCCUCCCGGAGCUAUUCCACUGCCUACUGCAGCUCCUCAACUGCUUUCACCCCCUCUAGCUCCUUUGUCACAUCUGGUACCUCCUCCUCCUAUGGCCACUCUACCAACUACACGCCCCUCUACCCUAGACACUAUAGUUCAUACAGGCCAUGGCACUGACCCCUGGUACUAUAAACAAUAUACUAUAAGUCUUUUUUCCCUCACCAGACUCUGUAACACGGACAUUACAACUUUUUGUUUGAGUCGGGGCUCACUGAGAGGUGGACAGAGUGGUUUCCUGUGCCUGAGCUUUGGCCAAUGGCUUAUGAAUGUUAAGUGACUGCUCAGGGAUUUGACAAAAGGAGCACAAGUGGCCCCACCUUCCUUCUAUUCUGAAAGUGCUGAUUGGUCUACAGGUGGACGUUAACUUUUCAAUGAGAAUUUUUAAGAUUUAGGUUUUUCAGGUUGAGACCACAUACAUGAAGUGAAUUAAAAAACACACAAUCAAAAAACGAGUCAUUCAGACAAUGACUGGACCUUUGGUACACACUUAGGUAAAUAGGUUUGAAUGAGCAAAAUAUGACAAAUUCCUCCCUCUAUAUUCAACAUAAUAUCCACUCUGAAAUCAUUAU